AUGUUCAACUCCCCCGAGACGAGCAGCCUGACGGCCGCAGAGACCAAGGUCGCCCGCAAGUGGCGCGGCAAGCUCUUCUCCCGCGAAAAGGAGACCAAGCAGUCCACCCGGGACCAGCAGAUAGACGACUUCCUGGCCUCCUCGCGCCCUCCCGUACAGCAGCAGCAGCAGCAGCAAUUCCCCUCCGCAAGGCUCCCGCCCAAGAUCGAUGUCUCUGUCUCGCAGCGCUGGCCGGGUGCUGCUCAGUCCCCCACGGCCGCAGUAGACGUCCACGCCAACGUCAGCAUAAAUGUCACUCGGACUAACAGCAAAAACAACAAUGGGAGCACUGCGGUGGCAGGUCCAGGAGGCCUGAAGAAGAGGAGACGGCGCUGCGAGGGCCUCCGGGUGAGGUUCUGUGACCGGCCGCCCUCGGUCAUGGGCGAGGGAGGCGAGGAGGCAGAGGCCCCGACGAUGGAGAUAUCGCUCUAUCGUGCACGCUCCAAUUCGUCUGCCUCCCAGUUCACGGAUGGCGCAGACGGCGGCUCGUCCUCGGACGCUUCAGACUCCCAGGCUCGCUACCUGGAUAACAGGGAGCCCACGCUGCCUUCAUUUGCCGUCUCAGGCCCAGACGGGGAGAAGAAGAGCAGCUCCCCCAGCAAGGAGACCCAGCUGCAGCCGUCGCCGGAAUUACGCAAUGCGCAGAACUCGGAUUUUCUCUUGUCCAUCAGCCAGCAGCCUAGAGGGUCCCGGCUGUCAUGGAGAGAUACCAGUGAGGAGAGCUCGUUUGCAGAGAGGAUACGGGCCAAGAUGAGGGAUGAGGAAGGUCUUGCGCUGCAGCGUGCCAGGGAGCAGGCGGCGGCCGAGCAGGAUCACCCCCAGCAGAAUUCUCCUGAGCAGGUCCCCUCGAGAGACUACCCCAGAGACUAUAGAGACAACAAUGAUCAUGCUAGAGACUACGGCAGAGAGUACAGGGACAGAGACAGAGAUAGAGAUCAUGGCAGGCAUGUCAGAGACGAGCAGCAGGAGAGCAGAGACGCCGACAGAGGCAGCCCACAGGAACCGGCCCAGUCUGGCAAGUCAGGGCUAUCUUUCUGGGGCAGCGUCAUGGCCGCUCUGCCAGAGGAGAACAAGAAGCAACAGCAGAGACAGGCCCCUGAUGGUUACCCUCCUCCUACUGCCGUUCCAUCGAACCCGGCUCACACCAAGAUUACCAAACCACCUACUUCCUCUCCACCGCCUUAUGCUAGAACAGAAUCCAGACAGGCUGCCUACAAUGAUCCCCAACUCCUACAGCAGCAGAAGCAGCAGCAGCAGCAGCAAUCGAACAGGCUACAACCUGACAAGCCGGCUUACUUGGGUCACCACUCCAAGACCUCCUCUGGCUCCUCAGGAAAACUCAAGAACGUGGCUAACAUGGUUGGAGACGCUGCCCUGGCUGAAUUCUCCGCAUACGUCGACUGCUACAUCUCUCUUUUCUCUCGUGCUGCCGAAAGUGUCAAACCCAUCAUGGAGACCUCCCUCUCGGAGUGGGUGCGUGCUAGCGUCUGGUGGUUCAUCAAGGGCAGAGCUGAUCUCGAGGCCUUUAUGCGCGCCCGUCCUCCUCACCCGCCUGGCCCCAACUCGGCCAAUGGAAGACAGUCACCCAUUACCGAGCAAUCGCAGCAGGCCAUCGUCAAUCUGGCUAAGGCAUGGUGGAUUAACCAGCAUCUCGUGCCCCAGCACCCCGAGCUCGGCCAGUUUGGCAGGAUGAAGCCUGAAGCCAUACUCCCCAUGGUGCAGUCAAUGGGUAACGAUACCCUAGCAAGCCACCUCAGCAUCCACCUGGCCAUUAUCAGUCAUCUACGAGCCCUUUCCAUGUCCAUGCAGCGUAAUAACAUCAUCCCUUCGUCUUCCUCAGCUGGCCAGCUUCCUGCUCUCUCCCAGAACAUCGAUACCUCCAUCUGGAUCCGCUACCCUUUCUUCGCCCCCGGUAUAUCAUCUGUGCUGUCUGGCUCCGGCUCCAAGUCCAUGCUCAUCGACCACUCGACCAAGAAGCCUGACAUUGCGGAGACAAUGCCAAUCAGCGACACCAACCGCCACUUCUGCUACGGUCGAAUGUUCGUCGAGGUCUGCCUGGGCUCCUCAGACGAUGACACCGAGCAGUAUGCCAUUCCAUGCAUGCUCUCCAUCACCCGUGACAGAUCAGACUGGAACGUAAUUGCCACCCUCACUAGCCAGAACGAGCUCGUCAACCUGACCAUCCAGUCCGACAAGAAGCAGGGUCCCACUUGGGCCGACAUAGACUGGCAGGUCCGCCUCCAUUCCCUCACUCUCCGUCUCCCUCGCGGAUUCGAGCUGGAUAUCAAGUUCCAGGAUGCAGACUUUAAAAUGCUCUGGAAGAUCGUUGAAUACACCCGCAAAGUGCAAGCGGACAUGCAGCCUGCCGCUGGCGAAAGGUUGGUGUUUGCAGACAUCUUGAAUGAAUUCCAGUAUACCGAAAGCUCCCCCAACAAGUCUUUCCCUUCGGAACCCACCCAACGCUGCAGGAUACAGCUAUUCGAAAAGUCUACCAAAAUCACCGAAGGGACGGGCACACGUGAAUCUCACCGUGGCUUCCGCUUCUUUGCCGUCACUAGCCCCAAAGUAAAGACCCUCAGUAGCGUCUCACAUACCCUAGGCAACGGCUCCCCCAUUGUGUUUGGUUAUUUACGCGGUGACGAUGGCGCACCGGCGAUGAUGCUCAAGCAUUUUGAGAAUGGGGUCGAACACUCUAUGCUUCUUACCUUCCAGGAUGCAGAACUUCGCGCAAGUCUGCACUCCCUCCUCAUAGGCAUCACACCCUCGGAGUCAGAGUCCAAAUCUCCAGACCUCGCUCUCCAGUCCUUCACAAUGAUACAAGGCGUUGAUCCACUGGGCAAUUCCGGCAAUGCCCUUAACUCUCGCAAGAUAUUCCUCAAAUUUGACAAAGGCAAUGCCUCAGUCAUCAAUGAGAGGCCUGGUCAUAAACACAGCGUGCCAACCACCGUCCUCUCGGAGAAAUUGCGUGUCUUCAUCAGCUCGAGCUGGGGCUCAGUCACGGAUAGAAUUAACAUUGGACCCGGUGAUUUGAAGAUAAGCCUUGAUAUCAAUGUUCCUACCACGCUGAGCGUGAUUAGGCCACCGCAGGACGACUUGAGCGUAGCUGUAGCCGAAAAUAUGGUGCCAAAGGAUGUCCCAGCGCAGAUGAAGGAGUUGCUCACCGUUUCAAAAACGCGUCCCAUCAUCAGGAAGUAUAACUUUGCGACGCUGCAAGAUAUGCAUCAUUUCCAACAAGGCAUCACAGGAUUCAAAGUGUUGUUUGACGGCUACGCUUCUAUGUUCGCCAUUGCCCGUCGACGCAUGGUAGUCCCCAUCUACAAGAAAUGGGAAGCCUCCAGGGCUCGUCUCCAAAUCAUUCAACAGGAAAAGAAUGUCCAGCUAGUUGCUUUCCUAGCGGGCUUCAGCCACGGUCGAAGCAUGAAUUUUGUCCUUAAGAGCACAGAUAACUUUGAAAGUUUCAACCGCUCUGGAAAAUACGGCAUUAAAAUCAUCGAUGCCAAGUUCGCGCUGCCCAAGAAUAGCGAUGACGAGUCUGCUGAUUUCGUCUGCCUUGAUAUGCCGGAAUAUCCUGGCGAGCAUGACGAUAUCACUAUUGGCUUUGACUCGGAGAAUGGUAAGACAACCUACCACACCACUAUACACGCGGUAGUGAACAGAGUUGCUAACUUGCUUGGUAGAUCGGUAUAG